UCUUUUUUCCCUUUGGUUUUCUCUCGGGAAUCGAUCAGUCGCAAUUCCGACGGAAUGUAUCCGUCGGAAACUCAUCGGAGAAAAAAAUUAUUAUAUUUUUCUAAUUAAUCGACGAUUAGAGAUGUAUGCUCUCGUCUUCUUCUUCUCCAAACCUCCGUGAAAGAAAAUGAUUCGCGGCGGAAGAAACCGCAUAACUUCCCCCCCCGCCUUCUCCAACGACGCAAAGAAGCUUCUUUUAUGCACCGCCAACUCCGUCUCCAUCUUCUCCGUCGCCACUGGCUCAAAGCUUGCUUCGCUGGAGGGUCACACAGCACCCGUGACGACUGUGGUUGUUGAUCCAAUCCUCCCCGAAGACUGCUGGACUGCUUCUCUCGAUGGAAAGAUUCGUUUUUGGGACUUCUCGGUGCCGAAACUCGUGCAGGCGUUUGAUAUCCACCUUCCCAUUUACUCUAUGGUUAUGUUUACAUGUCGACCGUCAAGUAGCUUGAUUGCUUAUGUCUCUGUUGAGGAUUACUCAAGUGUCUCUGGACAGAUCCGGAGAGUUAGUCUUUCGGAAGAGCCUCUUCAUGGUGGGGACAUUCUGAAAGAGAUGGAAGAGCCGAAAAGUAUUGUUAUGAGUCCCUCCGGAGAGUUAUUCGGGGUCUGUCACGGUUGCGAAAUACAUAUAUGGAGUACAUCUCUUGGCAAGGUGGCUAAGGAGACGACGUUACAUCACACGCAGUUGGUUACUGCUUUUGCCUUUCAUCCCAGUAAGAGAAUGUUAGCAGUGGGAGAUGCGACAGGAAGAGUGUUGAUUUGGAAGGAUAUUGGUGAUGUUAAAUUUACUUCGGUGAAAAGUGAAGAUGGUGAUGCUGAGUCUUCAAACUGGCACUCUGAUGAAGUAACUGUCCUUAGUUUCUCUUCUGAUGGAGCAUUUUUGUAUUCUGGGGGAAAGGAAGGGGUUCUUGUUGUUUGGGAGCUAGAAACAGAGAAGAAGCAAGUUUUGCCAAAGAUGGAGUCUCCCUUGUUGUAUUUCAUCUUCUCUUCAGAUCCUACUCUUUCCUCUGCGAUCUGUGCAGAUAAUCAGAUUCAUCUUCUUAAAACUCCUUCCAUGGAGAUACUGAGAACGAUUCCUGGAAUCAAGCCUCAGAGAUUGGAUCGCUUUGGAUUUAUAAGCUACGUCGAAACCAUGCAUAUCUCCCUCACCAGAACUGUGUCCAUUGAUCCCUCUUCCGGUAUUGCUGCUUUCUCCACAGCUAAUCAUUGUGUUCAACUCUACAACCUCUUAAAUGACACUGAGAUUACAGAGAUUCAAGUUUGCGAUAGACCUCAUCAACCUGAGGAUGAUGGAGUUCGGGUUGCAGUGACAGCAGUUGGUCUCUCCCGGGAUGGCUCACUGAUGACUACAGCUGAGGCCAGGUUUGCUGAAGGAAACCUUGGUGGAGGCUUAGUUUCUCUCAAGUUUUGGGUCUUUGUACCAGACAAGAAAACGUUCAGCAUAACAACAGUCAUAAAUCAACCUCACAGUGAAGCUGCUAUCACAGCCAUUGCUCUUAGCUCGCCCCGUUCCAUGGCUGUUACUAUAUCUUCUGCUGGUGACUUCAAGACUUGGGUUUGCAAUAGCGACAAGAAUCUGACAUCAGAGGAGGAUUCAAGCUGGAUAUGUCAUGGAGCUGGCUCGUAUAAGAGAAAGCAAAUAACAGCUGCUGUUUUCUCCCCUGAUGGCUCUGUUCUAGCUCUUGCGGCUACGACAGUUAUUACGAUAUGGAACCCGUUAACGACUGAACUCGCGUUUGCAUUUGGAAAGUUUCGUACGCCAGUUUUGCAACUCUCGUUCGCUGGAAUAGGCUUCCUUGUUGCUGCAUCCUAUUGUCCUCAUGCCCCGCCGCACUUAUCUGUCUAUGACAUUAUGAAGUUGGAUUUAUCAUGGUCGUAUAGAUUAGACAUAGAAGCCAUUGCCACUAAAGAGAAGUCAUCAUACUUUGCAGUUUUAGCAUGGCUUCCCAAUUUGUCGGUAAGAGCUGAAGAAGAGAUCUUUCGUGGGAAAGAUGGCGCUAUCCUUUUGUUUCAUGGGUCAGGCCGUAAACCGGUAGCUAUUUGGACUGUAAUGGAGGCCAGGGGAGGAUCACUUUCAUUUGUGGAAGACGGUCAAAAGUCUCAGACACUUCUCGCAUAUGUAAACGGGAGCAAUGAAUAUGUUCUUUUUGAUCCGUAUAGCGAUGAAACACAUGAGACUACCGCCAAGGAUUAUGAGCUUCUUCUUGAAGCAAUAAGCAAGAAGAAGAAGAAGAAGAGAUCAAGAAAGAGAACAUCGCUGGCGAAGUCAGAGAGACCUUGGGAAACCAAGUUUUGUGGAUCAACGCUCAAUAUCCCGCCUUUCCGGGACGCUUGCUCUGCUUUCUUUGCUUCCAAGAUGGGGAAAAAGAUUUGUGAGAGAGUAGAGUUGCAACCUGAUAGCCAUAGCCUUUGAGAGAUCUCUACUUAUUCUGGAACCAUGACUAUAUUUUGGUAUGAGCUACUCUUGAAUGUCUCUAUUUUAAUUGAGUUUCAUUCAUGUGGAACAUUCAAACAAUUGCAAGGGUAACUUUAUUGAUUUAUAAAUCCGUAUAUUUGAAACUUUAUUGAUUUA